UUUCCCUCUCUCUCACACUCUCUCUUAAAAAGUUAAACCUCUUUUCUUUGAUUCUAUUCCAUUCAACACUCAAACAAAACCAUUCCAAUUUCCAAUUCCAUGGCAUCAGAGAAGAAUCCAGAAGAGGAAGAAGGGAAAAUCCCAGUGCUCACAGUGCUAAAGAACGAAUCAAUUCUCAAGAACAUUUUCAUCGUCAACAAGCCGCCGGAAGAUCAUUCUCCUCGCCGCCGCCAUCGUGACCAUGAAGACAUCCUCCUCGUCGGUCGACACCCCGAUUGCGACCUCAUGCUCACACACCCUAGCAUCAGCCGCUACCACCUCCACAUUCGCUCUGUCCCCUCUUCGCUCUCGUUCUCCGUCAUCGAUCUCUCUUCUGUGCACGGAACGUGGGUUUCCGGGAGGAAGAUUGAGGCAGGGGUGAGGGUGGAGAUGAAGGAAGGUGACACGCUGAGAAUUGGGGUUUCCAGUAGGGUUUAUCGAUUGCAUUGGAUUCCGAUUAGCCGCGCUUACGAUUUGGAAAACCCCUUUGUGCCUGAGAUGCAUGCCCUUGUGCAACAAGGAGAAGAAGAAGAAGAUGAUGAUGAUGAUGAUGAUGAAGAACAAGUCGAAGAAGAGAUAGAGCAGGAGUUGAAUAGUUGUCCAGUUGAAAUGAAAGGCAGGUAUUCAGUGGAUUCAAUUCUUGAGUCUAUCAAUUCUUUAUUUCUUGAUGAGAAUGUGGAACUAACUGUAAAAGAGGAGGAGAUUUCGGCAUCACCUCAGAUGCUUGAAGACAAUGUGUCUUCCUGUUGUCCAGAUGACAAGGAAGAAAUUCAAUCAGUGGAUUCAAUUCUUGAGUGUCUCAAGGACGAGGUUUCGGCAUCACCUCAGAUGCUGAAAGACAAUGCUUCUUCCUGUUGUCCAGAUGACAAGGAAGAAAUUCAGUCAGUAGAUUCAAUUCUUGGAUGUCUCAAUACUUUAUUCCUUGACGAGAAUGUGGAAGUAACUGUCAAAGAGGAGAUUCUAGCAGCACCUCAAAUGCUGGAAGACAGUAUUUCUUUGAGUCAUGAAGGACAAGUGAAGAGGCAAUCAAAGGAUGAAGAAUUUGGAGUCUCAAGUGAGCCUUAUGGUAGUAAAGCAGCCUAUUGGCCAACCUCUGAUGUUGAAGACAAGCAGGUUGUUGUAUGUGUUAACACAAUGGCAACAAAUUUGUCUGAGGGUGAAUGUUUGUCAGUUGUAGAAUCUGUUUCUGGGGCCAAAAUGCUGCAAAUCCAGUCUCCACAGGAUACGUUUACUUCACCAUUACCGCAUCGUGUAGAGAAUUCAUUUGCAAAGCAUCAGUCCAGCUUCCAGGUUCUAUCCCCGGCUUAUUUACCUGAAUCAGUUGUUAGAUGUGAUAACACAAUUGCAGAAAAUCUGUAUGAGGAUGAAUGUCUGCCGGUUCUGGAAGCUGUUUCUGGGACCAAAAUGCUGCCAAUCCAGUCUCCACAGGAUACAUUUACUUCAUCAUUACUGCCUCAUACAGAGAACACAUUUUCUGAAAAAUUGGAUCAGGAUGAUUGUUUGACUGUGCCGGAAGCUGUUUCUGGGACCGAUAUGCUGCAAAUCAAGUCUCCACGCGAUACAUUUGCUACACAAUUAACACCUCCUUUAGAGAACUCAGUUGAAAAGCAUUGUUCCAGCUUCCGGGUUCAAACACCAACUUUUGUGGAAUCAUUUGUUGAAGGUGAUAACACAUUGGCAGAAUAUCUACUUGAGGAUGAGAGUUUUCCUGUUCUGGAAGCUGUUCCAUGGGAUGAAAUGCAGCAAAUCCAGUCUCCACAAGAUACAUUAACUUUACCAUUACCCCCUUGUGUAGAGGACUCAUUUGAAAAGCAUUGCUCCAGCAUAAAUUUAGAUUCUGCAUCUUUUGAUGUUAAAAUAGCAGCUGAGGCUGUAUUAGCGAAAGAAUCUGAAUGUACAGCCAGAGAUAAUGGAAGGGCAAUAGACACUUUGACUGUUGGUGCGGGAAUUUUCAAUUCUCAGAACAUGUUUUUGCCAGUGGAAGAAGUUAUCCCUGGUACCAUAUUUCAACAAUCCAAAUUUAUUGAAGAAGUUGCUAUGGAUUCACAAUCUGACGGAAAAAACCAAGAUAGAUGUGACCAAUGGCACAUACCACUUCAGAGAGAAUCAGUGAAUUUGCCAAUGACCCAGGAGGAUCUCUUGAAUAUUACAAAUGAGACCCAGACCCCAAAACCUGAUAUGGAAACCCUUGAAAGCUGCAAAGAAACAAUGGAGAAAAGUUCGAAAAAUCAAAAUAUUUGGUCAAGGAGAGGCAAAGCUACUAAUGCUCCUCUGAUUCAAACAAGAAAGAGUGUACUUAAAGGUUCUAAUGCUGACAAUGAAGCUGCAAUGAGCGAUUGGAACAAUAUCAUUAAUAAAGCCAUCUCGAAGGAUCUUCUCUCUGUUCUGGAUACGGAAGAAGAGAUCUUUACUCCAGAUAAAGAAAACUUCAGGCCGAAUAUGCUUCAGUUGCGGUUUCUUAAAAAGUCUGGUAAGCUAGAAGAAACUAAACAUUCCAAGUCACAAAGUUCAAAGGAUAAAACAAUCUCAAAGGAUCUUUUCUCUGUUUUGGAUGGAGAAAAAGAAGAAGAAGAAAUCUACACUCCAGAUAAGGAAAACUUCAGCCCAAAUACCCUACACCUGCGCCGAAUGAAAAGGUUUGGUAAGCUAGAAGAAACUAAACAUUCCAAAUCACAAAGGUCAUGCAGUUCAAAGGAUAGAACAAUCUCAAAGGAUCUUUUCUCUGUUUUGGAUGGGGAAAACGAAGAAGAAGUCUACACUCCAGAUAAGGAAAACUUCAGCCCAAAUACCCUGCACCUGCGGCGCAUGAAAAAGAAGGGAAAGCUAGAAGAAAUUAAACAUUCCAAGUCUCGAUGGUCACCAAAUCCAAAGGGUAAAUUUGGUCCCAACAUAUAUUCAGAUGAAAGCAGAAGCCCCACCUCAAACAAAGAGAAUCAGACUCCAAAAAGAGUCCAAGAUCAAAAGUUGCAGAAAAAGCCUUUUGGCACUCACAUCAAACUGACUCAAGAGCAUGAUGUAAAUGCAUUGAAGAACAGAGUGGAAAGGGUACCCUUCCAAUCACUAAAGAUCUCAGGCACUUCUAGUCCUGUUUCUGCUGAAAAAAGCAUUGAUGUACGUGACUGUGAAGAAAUUUCAGACAAGCAUAAUAACCCUUCUCAGGAUACUAGUUUGGUGCAAAAGAGGAGCUGGGACAUGAUUGUGGACACCACUACUCUUAUGAACAAAGAAUCAAGGAAAGCUCUGCAGCUUUUACAAGGUCUCAAGGGGACUCGAUUAAUCGUGCCAAGAUUGGUCAUAAGGGAACUGCAAAGUAUGAAGCAACAGAACUCAUUUUUUAGAAGAUUUAGAAGAAUUUCAGAGGCUUCUUUGGCAUUGGAAUGGGUUGAAGAAUGUAUGGUGAACACAAACUGGUGGAUUCAUAUCCAGAGCUCAGUGGAUGAAGGAAGACGGAUUGCUCCAACCCCACCUGCUUCUCCGCAGACUCAAAUUUGUGAAGAGAGUUGGAGUUUUCAUGGUGGGAUUGGGAGCUUCAUGGAGAUUCCAUCACCAACAAUAGAAGAUCACAUCCUUGACUUUACUCUUCUACAUAAAAGGAAGCAAAUUGAUGGACAACUUGUCCUUCUUAGUGAGGAUGUCACUUUGAAAAUCAAUUGCAUGGCAGAGGGGUUGCUAUGUGAGCCAGUGCAGGAAUUUCGUGAGAGUCUAGUGAAUCCAUUCUCUGAGAGGUUCUUGUGGAAAAACAGCUCUGCUCGAGGACAAACAUGGUGUUGCGAGGACGAUGUAGUUUUGAGGGAGAGAUAUUGUCGUUUGCCUCUGAGGAAGUCAUCAAAGGGAGCUGCAAGCGGCUUGAAGCUCAUUCUGCUCCACAAUUCUCAAUAUGGCCACUGACAGUUCAGGCCAGCUUGCUGAAUGAACAGUUUUGUUUAGCUGUUAGCCAUAUUUUUAAAAUUCUCUCUUGCAAACAUUUGCUAUCAUCCAUGCAGCAAGGUUAAAUAACGUUGCUGGACCCAAUCAGAAAAAUAAAAUACCUUUUGUUUGCUGUGUAA